UGUGUGUCUGUCUCUUUAUUUAGUCUUUCCUGUUAUCUGGCCAGUGAGGCGGCUUGCAGCGCUCUGCGUGGAGGACGGAGGGAGGGUGGAAGGGAAGGGUGAGCUGUCAGAAGGACUUGUGGACAGGACGGUCCAUUUUCCUCGUCUCCCUGCCAAGCCGUCUGUCCAUCACUGUGAGAGAGCUGCCUGCAUCUUGUGGAUUUAUCUCUCUGUGAGUGACACCUGGGAAGGAGAGGAAAACCUGAGCACAGAGGCAGGAGUCUGCCCCCCCUCCCCAGUCCCCCCUUCCCCGCCACCCCUCCUGUGUGUGUGGAUGACCUCUGCUCCUAUAGUCUGCCUCUCAGCACCAUGAACAAGAUGAAGAACUUUAAGAGGCGUUUCUCUCUAUCUGUCCCUCGCACUGAGACCAUUGAGGAGAAUGAAUUCACCGAGCAGAUCAACCAGCUCAACAUCCGGCACACUCAGGGCCUGACUCCGGACAGACUGGGUCCUCCAUCUCAUGAUGCCAGUCCGGUGAGCCCUGAACCAACAACGCCAGGAGCUCAGUCGCCAUCUCACCUCCACUACCACAGCAAGGCCCAGCACAGACGUUUCUCCAUGGAGGAUGUCAGUAAGCGUAUGUCCCUGCCCAUGGACAUUCGCCUGCCUCCAGAGUUUCUCAAGAAGCUGCAGCUGGAGAGUGAAAACUCACCACUCUGUAAACCUCUCAGUCGCAUGUCUCGACGUGCUUCACUGUCUGACAUAGGCUUUGGGAAACUGGAGACGUACGUGAAGCUCGGCAAACUGGGUGAGGGGACGUACGCCACAGUGUUCAAAGGGCGAAGCAAACUAACAGAGAACCUGGUGGCGCUGAAGGAGAUUCGACUGGAGCACGAGGAGGGAGCACCGUGCACUGCUAUCAGAGAGGUGUCUCUACUGAAGAACCUGAAGCACGCCAACAUCGUCACGCUGCACGACAUCAUCCACACGGACCGCUGCCUCACGCUGGUGUUUGAGUAUCUUGACAGUGACCUUAAACAGUACUUGGACAACUGCGGGAAUCUCAUGAGCAUGCAUAACGUCAAGAUUUUCAUGUUCCAGCUGCUGCGUGGUCUGUCCUACUGCCACAAGAGGAAAAUCCUCCAUAGAGACCUAAAGCCUCAGAACCUGCUCAUCAAUGAUAAGGGAGAGCUCAAGCUGGCUGACUUUGGUCUGGCGAGGGCUAAGUCCGUUCCCACUAAGACCUACUCUAAUGAGGUGGUAACUCUGUGGUAUAGACCCCCUGAUGUGCUGCUGGGCUCUACAGAAUACUCCACACCCAUCGACAUGUGGGGCGUGGGCUGUAUCCUGUAUGAGAUGGCAACAGGUCGUCCCAUGUUUCCUGGUGCCACUGUGAAGGAGGAGCUGCAUCUCAUUUUUAGGCUCAUGGGCACUCCAACAGAAGAGACUUGGCCUGGUAUCAGCAGUAAUGAGGAGUUUAGGUCCUACCUCUUUCCUCAAUACAGACCUCAAGCUCUCAUCAACCAUGUGCCCAGGUUGGACACUGAGGGGAUUGACCUGUUGUCUGCUCUGCUGCUGUAUGACACCAGGAGCAGAAUCUCAUCUGAAGCCGCUCUACGACACCCCUACUUCCUGAGUCUGGGGGAUAACAUACACAAUUUGGCAGAAACUGCCUCAGUGUUUUCUCUCAGAGAGGUGCAGCUCCAGAGGGACCCAGGCCACCGCAGCUCAGUGUUUCAGCCUUUAGGUCGAGGAAAGAACCGAAGACAAAGCAUCUUUUAGAGAUCACACAGAGGAGGAGCACAGACAGACUGAGAAGAGGAGCUGCCUUUUCAGACCACAGCACAAAGGCCAACAUAGCUCAGCACAUUCACAGGCAUACCUCACCUACACACACACACACACCUGCAUGUACACACAAACUCACCUGCACUCAUUUCCAUAGCAGUUGACCAUGCACACACACACACACAUAUUUGCACACAUUUGCACAAUCCGCGACGCUGAACAUGCUGCCCUUACUGAGUUACACCAGAGACACCAGAGAUUUAAAUAUCUUACCAACACACACACACAUACACUUAA